GGAAGUUCCACAGCUGCGUCAAAAGUUUGAAGACGUGGUACUACUCGCUUGCUCGCUCGGUCCUGUUUGGAGCGCUCCCCACAGGCUCUUCGCUUCUUACACAUUUUCUCCUGUGGAAAAAAAAGACUGUGCAAUAUGUCCGUCGCUGGAAUUAGGAAGCAAUUUUACAAAGCCAGUCAGAUGGUGAGCGAGAAGGUUGGCGGUGCUGAGGGAACCAAGCUGGAUGAAGACUUCAAGGACCUUGAAAGGAGAGCAGAUGUUACCAGCAAAGCCUUCAUUGAAGUAGUCAACAAAACAGCAGACUACCUCCAACCCAACCCAGCCACCAGAGCUAAACUGGUCAUGCUCAACAAGGUGUCUAAAUUACGCGGGCAGGUGAACGAUAAUCCUGGCUAUCAGCAGCCUGAGGGCGUGCUAGGCGACGUCAUGAUGAAAUAUGGACAAUACAUGGGCAACAACAACAACUUUGGUGGUGCUCUCAUUGAGAUUGGCGAGUCAAUGAAGGAACUGGCUGUGGUCAAGAGCAGAUUGGAUGUUGAUGUUAAGCAGAAUGUCAUUGAUCCGAUGCAAGAAGUGGUUGAGAAGGACAUUAAGGAUAUCCAGCAAAAACUGAAGAAACUGGAGGGCCGCCGCUUGGACUAUGAUUAUAAAAAGAAACGCCAGGGUAAAAUACAAGAUGAAGAAAUCAGGCAGGCCUUGGAGAAGUUCCACGAGUCCAAAGAGAUGGCUGAGAGUUCUAUGCACAAUCUGCUGGAGACUGAUGUGGAGCAGGUGACCCAGCUGUCCUUUUUUGUAGAGUCUCUGCUGCAGUACCACAAGGCUGCCACAGAAAUUCUGGAGAGCCUUUCUGUGAACCUGAGAAAAAGGGUGACUGAGAGUCAGUCCCAACCCAGGCGAGAAUACAAACCCAAACCAAGACCAUCCUUUGACUAUGGCGAGACUGAGCAGUCCAACGGAGGUUACACAUCAGCUGUGACAAGCCCUCCAGCUUACACCCCAGUACCUCCACCACAUCCAGGUUCGUCCUUCCAAAGAGGUUCGAUCAAGAACAGAGCGUUGGAUGAGCCAUGCUGUAAAGCUCUGUACGACUUUGACCCCGAGAACGAGAGUGAGCUGGGCUUUCGCGAGGGCGACAUCAUCACCUUGGUCAGUCGAAUCGAUGAGAACUGGUUUGAGGGAAGGCUUCGUGGCAAGACGGGAUACUUCCCCAACAACUAUGUUGAAGUGGUCGUUCCGCUGUCACAGUGAACACAGUGCACAGGAUGAAACGGGGAAUGUAAGAGGAUUAUUAACCCAACAAGCGACAUAUUUGUUGAAAAACUACCCAUCUCAUUAUAUCACAUCUGCCUGUCUCGCUAUCUAGAACCCAUUUGGUCUAAUAUAACAUAUUAAAUUAUCAAGGAAGAUUUAAUUAAUUUUUUUAAAAAAGAAAAAGGACCAAAGGCUAUUUGGCUGCACUUCCCACACUCCAGAUUUUCAACCCAUAUGCACCUGUGCACUUUUUACACGACUACGUGCUCACUUGAUUCUUUCUGGAAGCUUCCCAGUAUCCUCAACACUAAUAAGUGCAUCCACUUUCAUUGAAAUCUGAAUAUUCACAACGUGUUGAAGGCCUUUUUGUUAUUAUGUACACUUUGGAUUUAAAGACAUCUUGUUUUAUUUUAAGUUAUGUUUCUUCACCUCACAUGGGCGACUGGUGUUUUGCAGCCACUUGAGCGAGACCUCUGCUGCCACCUGGUGGCAGUGUUGUUUAUGCAGUUGGUUUGAACCGCUGUCUCAUGAGACGAGCUGUACUAUAGCUGUACUAUUGACGCCUAUUUACACAAACACUAAUGAUAAUGUAGGCGGAAUAAUUCAUAUAAAACACGUUUUACUGUUAUUUUCAAACAGUUUUUGCAUAACUCUGCCUCCCAUAUCUGAGCUGAUGCCAAAAAGGCACAGUUUACCACAAAAAAGUGCAACACAAUGCUGCAAGAUUAAUUCCACUAAGUAUCCGAUUAAUGCUAUUUCUAAAGAAGGUACAUGCUUAGAUUUUGCCUACAAUGCAUGCAGGCAUGGAAAAUAUUCAGGUUAAAUUGUAAAAGCAUAUCACCAAAGCCAAAGCAUCCAUGCUUCAGCUCCUGUAUUUUCUCAGGCUCUAUUGAUGCUGCUGGCAGUGUCGCUUACAAUGUUUUCUGGGCUCCUAACCAUGUGUUUCUGUGAAUUUUCUGCCCGUGAUUAGUUUUUUUGUGAAUAUGUCGAGUAAGCUAGUCUUUUUGUAUUUAACCUUUAAUUAGAAUCAUGUAAAUUCAUCUGAUGUGUAUUGGGGCCUUUUUGUACCACCUGACAGAAAAUGCAUUCCCUCAUCUAUUGUGUAGAGAGUUUACUAACUUAACCCGUGAAGAGUUUUUUCACACAUAUGCCACAACUGAUUUUUUUGCCCAAAUUUGGCUCUGUCUUUAAAAUGUAAUAACUCAGUCAUUUCUGAAUACUUUUUUACUUUCGACCACUCAAAAUUUUCAGUGGCAUCAGACCUAUCCAUACAUAUAUAGUUUUUAUUUAUUUAUUUAUUUUUGAUACCCUCUAUGUACAAUAAAAGCAAUAAUGUGCUUUCAGCAAAAAACAAUUAUGUGUAUAUCUAUAUAAAAAAAUUAAUUAAAAUUGGAAUGUUUGAUAUGAAUAAUUAGGGCCUUGAAUAUGUUAAAAAAUCACAACAACAGAUUUUUUGUGGCAUGCACAUUUUUUUGACAAUGGCAAUUUUAUGUUAAUUACCCCAUAACGCGUUUUUUUGUUCAAAUAUUGACAGACCCUUGGAAGUGUAUAAUUUCUGAAUAUUUUUUUUACUUUCAACCACUCAAAAUAUUCAGUGGCAUCAGACCUAUCCAUGCAUAUAUAGUUUUUUGUAUUUAUUUAUUUUUGAACGUGAAUGAACAUGAACAAUAAACAACUUUUUUUUUUUUCGAACAAUUCAUGCAAGUCGGCCUCAUAUGAUUUCGUCAUACUGAUACGCCGCAUUUCGAGCAGACAUUGGACGCUCUCAGUGGGUGUGUCACAAAGUCCACACUGCUUUCUCUUUCGUGAAGGUCCAGGUGUGGCCUCUGCAGCAUGCAAGAAAGCGUUUUGCAAGGUUUUAAAAGCCAAAAAGCUGUCUUGCAGACAAAAAGCUGUUUUAUCGACAAAAAGCUGUUUUGCAGAGAAAAAGCUUGUUUUCCAAGGCGAGCCGCAUUGGGAAAUGCUCUCAAAACACCGCU